AAACAAUAUGACGUUUAGAAUCGUAGUACCGAGAGAAAAAGAACAAUUGAAUGACAAAACAAGAGUGGGAACAUCUCUUUCGAUACGUGUGUGAGAGAGAGUAAAUUUAUAUUCACAUAAAAUAAUAAUAAAAAUAUAUAUAUAAAACAAAGUUUGUGAUUAGAAAGACUACAAUAUGUAAAUAUUAAUUACAAAAUAUGCUGUGAAUUAUUAUAUUCAUUGACAGUAAAACGAAAUGAAGAUUGUGGAGGGAAAAGUUGUUGUUCUUGGCUCUCAAGGAGUUGGUAAAACAAGUAUGAUUACAAGAUAUACUGGUCAAUUACUUGAUCAACAAUUGAGUCCAACAAUUGGAGCAUCAUUUUUUACUUGUAAAGUCAAUUUAGAUAAUACACUUGUUAAAAUUCAAGUAUGGGAUACAGCUGGACAAGAAAGAUUUGCCAGUAUGGCACCAAUGUACUAUAGAGGAGCAAAUGCUGCAUUUCUUGUAUUUGAUUUAACCCAGUAUAAAUCAUUUGUAGCAAUUAAAUCUUGGGUAAAUGAGCUUAAAAGUAAAAUUGAAGAACCAAUGGUACUAAUAGUUGUAGGAAAUAAAUGUGAUUUAGUUAAUGAAAGAAAAGUUGAUAGUGAAGAAGGUAGAUUAUAUGCUAUGAGAAUUGGUGCUAGUUAUCAUGAAACUUCAGCUUUAUAUGACGAAGGUAUUGAGCAAGUAUUUGUUGAUGUUGCACGUGGUCUUUUGCGGCUAGACAAUGGUGAACGUGAUUCAACAAAUAUUAGAAUUACAGAAGUAUCAUUUAAUGGUGAUGAUUGUUUAACACCAUCCAGUGAAGAAGUACUUACCAAUAUGUCAAUUGCUCAUGGAAUACAUGAAAAACCUUCAUGUUGUUAAUACAUUUUACUUAUAAUACUUAUAAUUCACACGCUCAUAAAUCAUUUAUAGUUAAUAUAAUAAUUUUUAUGAUUAAAUCAUUAAUGCCAAUUAUGACCAAGACUGAUAAAUUAUCAGUGAUAAUACAUCAUCAGUAACAUGGUAAAAUAUUUUUUUUCUUUAUUUUUGUAAAAUAACUAUCAAAGUUAAAAAACCAGUUAUUUUUAUAUUGUAAAAAUUAAAUUAAAUUAAAUUAACUAAUGUAUUUAUUAAUAAAAUUUAAAAUAAAAUUAUUUUUCAUGUUUA